AUGGAACUGGAAGGAAGCAGAAGUUAUGAUUCUCUCCCAUAUGAAAUCAUCCUCUGUAUAUUCUCACUGCUUCCACUGGAUUGUGUGUUCAGAUUGAAGUGCGUUUGUAAGGCAUGGUCUGUGUUAAUCAGCGACUUUGGAGCUUUACACUUAAAGCGCUUAAGGGAAACAUCUCGUGGGAUCAUCUGCUUGAACACCCAUCGUAUUUCUGAUGAUACGAUUUCCUUUCAAAUACGUUCUUUACAAAUAGGAGGUGGUUUUAAGACUUUGAUUACAAAAGAGAUAUCUAGAUCUACAAUCCACCCAAGCUUUUUCAAAAUCGGCAGUAUAUAUUCCUUGAACGGUUUGAUCUGCUUGAGCGAUGGUCACGAUUUUCAUGUAUGUAAUCCCACUACCAGAGAGUUUGUUACCCUACCAGUUUGUUAUCCCAGUCCUCCUGAUACUUGGAGGAAUUUUAAGUUAAUUGGAUUUGGAUAUUGUCCUUUAACAAAGCAAUAUAGAGUCCUGAACAUCUUCCAAGAUAAUCGUGGAAGUGGGCAGAGAAUUUCUGAAUUGAAGGCUGCAAUAAUAACGGUGGGUCAUUCGAAUUCAUGGAGGAUCGUUGACAUUCCAACUUCCUACGCUUUUUUUGACUCAACAAUCUAUUUUAAUGGCACUUUAUAUUGGAUGAAUAAUCAUUCUCUUGGGAAAUAUCUUCAUAUUACAGCAUUUGAUGUCAGUGAAGAAACAUUCCAAAUAAUCAGUCUACCUCCAAAACUAGAAGAUGUAUACUCUUCAAAGUGUCUGGCAGAAUAUGAAGGGAGGUUGUGUUUGGUUGACUUCGUCCCAUUCCCUGAGGAAUGUUUAGAGAUGUAUACCAUGUUUGAGAAUCAUCAAUGGGUAUUUCGAUUUAGAGUCCUUUUUGAGGAUUUUCAACGAGCUGAUGCUUAUGACUUAUAUCAAGAGAUUGUAUCAUGCCUCAAGUUAGGGAAAAUACUAGUAUUUUCAAGCUUCACACUUAAAAAAUGGUAUUUUUAUGAUAUCAAAAGCAAAGCUCUUGAAUUUGUUGACCUUAGAAGCACUCCUCCUGAUGCUUGGUUUCGAGGUGCUUGUCCUUUUGAGAAAGCUUCACCCCUAUAUGCAAGGGCUAAGCAUGUAUGA